ACACAGCCCAUCCCAGUGGCAGUGGCCGUUACGGUUAGUUUAGUUUAGUUUAGUCUGCCGCCGACGCGCGAGUCGAUUAUACGUUAGCGCGCGAUAGUUUAUUUAACAAUAACAAACAAAAUAAACAUGUUGUUCCAAAUCACUAUUGCAGUGUUGGUGGCCAGUGCGCAGGCUAAAUUCUACACAGAUUGCGGUUCGAAAUUAUCGAGCGUGCAAAGCGUAGGGGUCAGCGGGUGCUUGGAAGACGCCAAAGAGUGUGUGCUGAAGAGGAACUCCAAUGUCACCAUCAGCGUUGACUUCACUCCUUCGGUGGACAUAAAAAGCCUGGAGACGGUGGUGCACGGAGUCAUCAUGAACCUGCCCGUGCCCUUCCCUCUGCCGCAGCCCGACGCCUGCAAGGACUGUGGACUCACUUGCCCCAUCAAGGCUGGAACCAAAUCAAGCUACAAGGCAACAUUCCCCAUCCUCAAGUCGUAUCCUAAAGUGAAGGUGGACGUCAAAUGGGAACUGCAGAACGGCGAAGACGAAGACCUGGUCUGCGUGCUAAUACCCGCUAGAAUUCACUAGAAUUAGCGCUUAAUUAGUGGUUUAAGUUAACUAGUAUAAAGCCCCACACACACAUAAGGCGUGACGGAACUGUGCACAACGCUGUCCUAAAAGUCGUAUGACCGCACGGGUCCAAUAACUUCGACUUAUCAUACAAAAAGUACGUUAAAAUACUCCUUGUACCUACUCAUAUACAUUGCCGUAUGAUUUAUAAUUUUUAUGAUAGUGUUUUUGCGUACCUACAAAUUUCUAAAUAAAUUAAUAGAUACCGCGGGAGACGCAGGUUCAAACCUGGCCGGAGAAUGCCGACAGGCUAGCACUAACUACUUAGGGUUUGGAUCGCCAGCAAUGACGAUCGAUCAAUGUGAAAAAAAAAACCAGUCUAACAAAAUAUACACCUGUAUGAGCGCAGAGAAUGGAGGAAAGGAGAAAGCUCGAAUGUCUGGGCCAUAUAAUGCUCAACUCAAAAUAUGACUUGCUACAGCUUAUAAUACAGGGCAAGAUAAAAGGCAAAUGUAGACCUGGCUGUAGAAGAACAUCCUGGCUUAAGAACCUUCGCCAGUGGUUCAAAUACAACAUGAGUAGAUGGUCAGUGUUUAGGGCAGCAGUGAACAAAAUCCAGUUAACCUUAAUUAUUGCCAGAAGAAGAUGCAAAUGUGACGUGCUUGUAUGGUGUGUGUGUGUUUCAGGCUUAAUACUAAACUAAUUGUAGGCUCGAUUAAGGUGCACGUUCACUGUGUGUAAACAAAGAAUAAAGAUUGUCUUGCCUAAGUUGUUCACCAAAGUUAAGUGAGAUAUUUGUAUGUCACAUAGAUUUUAAGUAUAAAUUAUCAAAAAUGUA